AUGAAUCACAGGGUCUGUUUCACCUGGGCGAUAUGUGCCCUGCUCGGAACGGAUGUCGGCGCUAAAUUAGUAGUGGACGGGCUGUGGACAGGUUCGGUAUCCCUCUCAAAUGCGAGCAGUAAGCGUACAGACGCAAAAAGGUUACCUCUCUACCGGGGGAGUGAUAGGGGCGUUUCUUCUGAACAUUCGUCUGACAUAGAAACAGGUAGUGCAGUACCCCAUCCCGCACCAAAUGUGGCUCCACGAAAUGCAGACGAUGCUGCAGGGGGAGGUCAGCCCCCCCAGGAGGUUGAUCACCCUCUUAACCGUGUCACAAGCGUUAUGGCUGCCCCCGUGAGCAAGCGGAGCGAGGUCGAAGUUAGAUCCGCGCUGCUUAAAAACCACGAUGGAGUGAAAAUCACGGGGACGUGUAAUGCAAAGUUUCAGCUGUUCCUCGUUCCACAUAUAUCAAUAAGUGUCGAGGCGGAGAGUAACACAAUUCAGCUAGGUCGAAAGUUAGAAGUCGUGACGAUUACGAAGAAGCAGCACAAGGUGGUUGGCAGCAAGUCGUCCCCGUUGUUACAGUUUGAGGAGGAUGAGAAAUUCCUCCUCAACCAAUGCGCAGAGGGGAAGGCGUUUAAAUUCGUGGUGAUCGUUAAGGGGGAAGAGCUCAUCCUCAAGUGGAAGGUCUACGAAAGGGAGCCUUCAGCAACGGACAACAACAAAGUCGACGUGAGGAAAUACGUGCUGAGGAACCUGGGGAGUCCAAUUACGUCGAUACAAGUGCACAGCGGGAAGGAGGACAACGACGUCUUCUUGUUGGAGAGCAAGGCGUACCUCUUGCGACAGGACAUUCCUAAAACGUGCGAGCGGAUCGCCACCAACUGCUUCCUCAGCGGAAACGUAGACAUCGAAGGAUGUUUCAAGUGCACCUUAUUGUGGGAAAACACCAAAUUGGGGAGCCCCUGUUUUAGUUACCUCCCACCCGAUGUUAAGCAUAACUAUGAACAGAUAAAAAUGAAGGCACAGGAUGAAGGGGAUAAAGAAGAAGCCCAACUAGAUGAGUUCAUCCGUAGGGUCCUCCAAAUGGUACAAAAAAUGGAGAAAAAUAACACCCCCAGGAAAGGAAAAAACAAAGGAGAUUACCCAAAUGAUAAUCUGAAGGAACUCCUUCUAAGUUAUUGCCAAAUGAUGAAGAAGGUUGAUACGAGUGGAACCCUUGAAGAGCACGAAUUAGGAAACGAAGUAGAUGUGUUGACCAACUUGGAAGGGUUAUUAAGAAAGCAUUCGAAUGAAGAAAUAGCUGUAUUGCGAGAGAAGUUAAAAAACCCAGCCAUCUGUAUGAAAGAUGCAGAUAUGUGGAUAGUGCAAAAACGAGGACUGGCUUUGCCUACAUUUGAGUACAAGCAUUUACAAAGGAGGAGGGUUACUACUCCUGUGGAUUCGAAAGAAGACAACAAAGAAACAGACAGAAGAAACGUUAUCAAAGACAUGUACAUCCCUGGCUAUCGCGCUGUUAUUGACCUUUCCCAAAAAAGCGAGAUGAACCAUUCGAAUCCCUCAGGGGAGAUGUUUUGUAAUGAAGAUUACUGCGAUAGAUGGAAGGAUAAAAAUAGUUGCUUCUCAAGCAUAGAGACAGAAGAACAAGGAAAUUGCAACCUCUCUUGGUUGUUUGCAUCUAAGACACAUCUAGAAACGAUUAGAUGCAUGAAAGGGUAUGACCAUUUGGGUUCUUCCGCUUUGUACGUAGCUAACUGUUCAAAAAGGGGAAAUAAAAGUAAAUGCACUUCUGGAUCGAAUCCGUAUGAAUUUCUCACCAUUGUUGAAGAAAAUGGGUUCUUACCACCCGCGUUGUUGAUUCCGUAUUCCUAUGCAGAUGUUGGAAAUGGUUGCCCCAGGAAGGAGAAUCACUGGCAGAAUCUAUGGGCAAAUGUGAAACUGUUAGAACCCUCAGAUGAACCCAAUUCGGUGAGCACCAAAGGGUAUACAUCCUACGAAAGUGACGACUUUAGGGGGAACAUCGAUGUGUUUAUCGAUCUGGUGAAGCGCGAGGUGAGGGGAAAAGGAUCCGUUAUGGCUUACGUCAAGGCGCUAGGUGUCUUGGGUUACAACAUGAACGGGAAGGAGGUACAUAGCCUGUGUGGUGAUAAAAGACCAGACCACGCGGUGAACAUAAUUGGGUAUGGCAAUUAUAUAAACACGCAGGGACUGAAAAAAUCCUACUGGCUUGUACGAAACAGUUGGGGAAAAUACUGGGGAGAUGAGGGAAACUUCAAGGUAGAUAUGCACGGGCCAGCAGAUUGCCAACACAACUUCAUCCACACCGCCGCUGUUUUCAAUCUGCACGUACCCAUGUCGGAGGGCCCUUCCAAGAGGGAGGCCCACUUAUACAACUACUACCUGAAGAGCUCCCCUGACUUUUUGGGAAACAUUUACUAUAAGAACAUCCGUCGUAUGAGCGGUGUCGCAGAGAAGGGUAGAACUGGUAGACAUCAAAGCUUGGCUGUGCAAGGGCAGGAGGGACAGAGCGAUCUCCUGGAGGGCAGCACCCCCUCAGGAACUGCUAACCAAGUUGAUGAACCGAAAGGGGCGAGAGAAGAUGCACCAAAAAGGGGGGACCAGGGGAAAUGCAUGUCUGAGGAUCCCCCAAUAGAGGUAGUUAACGAGGAGCUAAUAUCCGAAUCGACAUUAACGCUGAUUCCUCAGGCAGCACGGAGAGAAGGUCAAGUAGAGGCAAAUCCUGCACCACCUUUAACCGUUGCAGCGUCUCUCCCCCUAAGGGGGGACGUACUGCUUGUGCGGGAUGGCACUGACGAGGGAAGCACAGAAGCUGCAACAGUGGAAGUGCUGCACAUUUUAAAACACAUUAAACAUGGAAAGGUAAAAUUGGGAAUAGUUACAUACGGCGAUGAGAGUGACAUUUCUGGGGACCAUAGCUGCUCCAGAUCGUUAGCGCAGGAUUCAGAGCAACUAACCGAGUGCAUACAGUUUUGCCACAACGAGUGGCCUAACUGCAGAGAUGAGGCUUCUCCUGGGUACUGUCUAGCGCAACGGAGGAAGACGGGCGAUUGCUUUUUCUGCUACGUGUAG